GGAUGUGACCGAGAGCCUACGUUGACGUCUGCGCCAGUGUUUUUAAAAAAGCGGCGGUUGCCUCGCCACCUCUUCAUGAACCUGGAGUUAGCACUUAGGUGCCGCUGCUCUCCAGCAUAGUUACAAAGCGAUCCUGGUGUUUCACAGUGGAGUUGUGAGCUGCUUCUCUGCCCCAGGACCAUGCACCAGCAGCAGUGUGCAGAGGAGAGAGGCCCUCUGGGAAAACUGUGUCCUGGGGACAAGAAGCUGGAGGGGAAGACUUUCUACCUGGACAAUGUGAAAAAACGCUCAACAGCCCUGCUUCUGGAAACCAUAUCUCUUCUAGGAGGGAGAAUCGAAAGUUUCCUACACAAGGAUGUGAACUUUGUUGUGACUGGCACCGAAGAGGUUGUGAAAGGGGAAAGGUGUGUGGUUACCAAAGGAAAGUCAAAGGGGACGAAUGAAGAAGCCCAACAUCCCAGUAAGCAGCGGGAGAGUGUCCUCAGCAGCGACAAACCGCAACCAGGAACUCCAAGACCAGUGGCUUGUGGCAGCCGGGGGAUGGCUCUGCUUGAAAAAGCUAUUCGCAACAAUGAGCAACGGCAGGGGAGCAGUGUUUUGGCCAGUGCCCGAUCAUGGGGAGUGAAGAUCUUGUAUGUGGAUGAUGUGCUUUUGUAUCUGAAACAACUGACUCGAGAGAGAUUCAGCAUGAAACACAAGAGGCCGGAGAGGACUAGUACCAAACAACAAGUUUCUCCUGUUAUUAAAGCUGCAGCUUUAAGAACUCCAUAUGUUAAAAUCGAAGACUCGAGCAGGAAAUACAAGCCCUUGCAUUUGCAGUCUAUGACCUUUCCAGCGCUGUGCUACUUGGGCCGAUUUAGUCCCUUUGAAUCUCCUCCUCCUCCUUUUGAAAAACAGACAGAUGAAGGAGAAAGUAAAAGGGAGAAGAAGAAAAUUAUAAGCAGCAUUCAGGACAAAUCCCAAACCCCGCUCACCUUUAACCCUUCACCGUGGCGGCCACGCAAAAAGGACACGUCAUACUGCGAGUGCUGUCAUCAACCCUUCACCAAUCUGGAGGAGCACCUACAGUCUGAUCAGCACCGUAUGUUUGUGCUGGAUCCCUCCAACUACAGUGUGGUGGAUCAACUUGUGGACGAAAUGCUUCCAGGGUUCAACCCCAGCCCAUCUCAACCAUCAGAAGAAACCUUGAGCAGACCAACAACUCCUCUGCCCAUCCAGGAUGUCUGUGAACUGGAGCUGCUCACGGAUGGUGAGACGGAGCUUGCUGUGCAGGCCCUGCGCAGACAAAGUUCAUCAUUCAAUACUCGCAUCUCCAAUCGUGCUGGGGGCCCACUCUCUAUUGGCCCUGCCAGCCCAUCACCAGGAAUUCCGUUUCCUAUCCCGAAUCCAGCCACACCACAUGCUGACAUCCAGUCUUCCAAUCCUGCAGUUGAGUCACAGUACCCUGAUAUCCAGCCUCACACUUCAAGCCCCUCCAUGCCUGUAUUGGAUGUUGAACCAUCAGCCCACAUCUCAGCAUGCCAGCAGCCGCCCCACUGCCCUGAUACCCUAUGUACAACCCUCGACCCUUACUCCCUGCCCCCAGUCCUCAGCCCACAAGUCCCCUCACACAUUAUGGAGCUGCACAACCCAUACUCGGAGCCCCCUGUCCUCAGCCCUCAGCAGUACACCGCAGAGGAAACUAUGGAAGGAGUCAUUUAUGAAAUGGACACCACAGAGAGUUUGUAUGAGUCUGUCUCCGCUGUCAAAGUUCCUAGCUCCAUCCCACUUCUUUCCUCUGUAGCUGUGACAACUGCAGAAGAAGUGAAUGAAUCAAACCAAGAUGGACUUUUAUCAUUCAGUAGGAUCGUAUGUUCCGGCAGUGGUUUGGGGUGUGAUAAACUGGAUUCGUGUAGAUCCCAAUCCCUGCCUCGACAGUCAGACAGUCGGACAGCUCCAAACCUCAAAAAGCGCUGUAGAUCAGCCAGCCCUGAAAGUGUCCGUAGCAAAAGGAAGAGGACUACAGUGAAAUUUAACUACGAUUGUAGAUGGACUGAACAAGGGCGUAAAUCUACAAAACUAGAAAGUGACAUUAUGGCAAGGACUGGGGGCUGUGUAUUAUUUGAUAAGGCCUGUUGUCAGAUAAUACAGUGUUGUCCUCACCAAGAGGUCUCUUCAACAUGCAUGGUGGAAACACUGGAUUUAAAACAGGCUUUGAACACAUUUUUUGUUCCCACAGUGCAGAAUUUCACAUUGGCACCAAGUGAAGUUGACAUUUUAGGUCAUGGUAGCACACCUGUUGCUACUCCCUCAAAAACAAAGACUUUUAAUCCUCCACCCCAGUUCCCUGAUGAAAAAGUUCACAGUGCAUUUUCCAGCCAAGACUCUCAGCGGUCACUAUCCCACUCUACCUCUGUGUGCAUCGAGUCAGCCCUCAUCCCCGACCUCGCCGUGCUCUCCCCGUCGUCGUCAGACUCCGACUGGGACUGUGACCUGCUGUCACGGCUGGGCCCGACCUCGGCAACACCUCUGUCGCCCACAGAACAGAGCUGUGAGCUCGACAAGGAGCUCCUCCAUAAGCCGUGCACCUGGAUGCACAACAGCAGCUACGAGUCGCGUCUCCACACGGCCCUUCAGCCGCCGACCCCAGCGGCCUCACUCUGUGGGGAGGAAAGGGACCCGUCAGUGUUUUCCAGGACUGUGGUGCCGAUUGUUGAGGUUCAGCACUGAUUAUUCAUUUCUUGAUCGUUUCAAAAACAAAACAGGAAGAGCUACUGCUGGAAGAUGCAAGUGUUGGACUUUGCAGCUGCGUAUCCCACCUCAGAAACAAUGGGAAGCACUUAAGCUCUUCAAAAUAAGCCACUGGAGUAUACGUUGAAUAAAUAUUUAAAAUUUAGUGCAAAGUAAAUUGGAAUACUCAGCUGGUUUUGGACAUGCAUAUUUUUAUUUCUUGUUGUAGUGGAUGCAUAGUGGAUGCUGCAUUUUCCCAUGAAUUCAAAGAGCGUCCAUUAUCAUUUUUACCCCCAACCCCUGAUUUUCCUAGUGCACAGAACCCAGGCAAUUUCUGUACAUUGUGCUGACUGCGGCCUUUCAGCAGCAAUGUCCGGGAACAUGCGGUGGUACUGAGAAUUUAAUGAGGGCCUUGCUGAAGGGGGCAUUACUCAAUUACUGUAAGUGCUGCAUCUGGAUCCGAUCCCGAAUGCACCGGCGUUGAUGGUCAAACGGGCGAGACGAGGUGUUCGCGCAGUGGAGGCCUCGCGCAACCCGCGAGACAAACGGUCUGAUUAACGUCAAACAACUUUUCCUCCCUGUUGAAGGUGGGCCAAAGGAGAGACGGCUGCUCCACUGCAGUGCACUGCAGCCACAGGGAGGCUCAUCGUCUUCUUCACUUGUCAGUUUUUCAAAUUGAAGGUCACGUACCGUUACAGACUCCUCACUGCAGACAAAACUCAAAACGCCAUGUUGCCUCAGACGUAUCACCGCUGUCUAAAUGUUUUUCAUGGACAUUUUAAACGGACCCACAACGCAACAGGCGAACAGCACAUGAUUUCCGUAUGUGGAAGAAUUACAAUUCUCAUAGGAAAAAUGUGAAAAAGUGAAAUCUUGUUGUGUUUUUUAAAUAAAUGUUUUUAACCUUUAAA